CGAAGAGCACGGUUCUCUUUAAGGAGUUUCUCCAGUCGGCGGCGGAGUGAAAAACGGAGCAGCAACAAAACAAUAAAACAUACAAAAACACCACGACGGUUCUUUAUUUCCAGCCGCAGGAAAAACAUGAGACGUCGUAUGGAUGUAUUCAACUUUUCCGCCAUUGUUUGGGUGACGAAGGACGGCUGAAAGCAGCAGAGUUUCUGGCAGGACUUUUAAGGAGAAACUGGCGACCAUCAAAGCAAACCGAGUUUGAACCUCCCCCUCCCUCCCUUCUCACCUGCCUCCCUCCCUGAUCCUCCCUCCCCAUUGGCUGCUGUUCUCAAGAGGGCGGGACAAAGAAUGGGGUAAGAGCUGAGAGGAGCCAAGACGACACAAGCGGAGGAAACCCCCGAACCUGCACAGGUGGUGACGGGUGCAGGACUCUGUCAUGGCGCUGCUGUGGAGGAGGUUGAAGCUUCUGGUGACGGUGAUGAUGGUCAACCUCUUCAUCUUCAUCAUCAUCUCCCGACAGAGCAACCAGGACAAAAACGACCGCAACAAAGUCAAAAUCCCCUCCAAACCCUUCUGGAGCAAACUGGCUCCCAGCGCUGCGUACUGGAACCGGCAGCAGCAGGUCUUGGACCUCCAGAACAACCCGGUCCUGGUGGCCAACUACAGCUUCGCCGACACACCUGAGUGGUUAAAUGAGACCGGGUUGACCUCGGACCCCUGCCAGCCUAACAUCAGGGUGACCACGCAGGUGAAGGACUACAACUCCCUGCCGGGGCGCUUCAAGGACUUCCUGCUCUACAUGCACUGCCGCUCCUACCCUCUGAUGGUGGACCAGCCCGCCGUCUGUAAGCAGCCGCCCUUCCUGCUGCUGGCCGUCAAGUCCUUAGCGCCGCACUUCGACCGCCGACAGGCCAUCCGUCAGUCCUGGGGCCGGGCCGGGCUGAUAGCCAAUCAGACGGUGGUGACCAUCUUCCUCCUGGGCAACGCCACGGCGGGGGACCACCACCCGGACCUCUCCGAGAUGCUGCGCUACGAGAGCACCCACCACAAAGACAUCAUCCAGUGGGAUUACAGGGACUCCUUCUUCAACCUGACCGUCAAAGAGGUGCUGUUCCUGGAGUGGAUCCAGGCGCGCUGCCCCGGGGCCAAGUUCAUCUUCAAAGGAGACGACGACGUCUUCGUCAACACUUUCCGCAUCCUGGACUUCCUCAAGGGCCUCUCGGAGCCCAAAGCCAGGGACCUGUUUGUGGGCGACGUGAUCACAAACGCUGGGCCGCACCGGGACAAGAAGGUGAAAUACUUUAUCCCGGAGAGCAUGUAUGUGGGGAUGUAUCCUCCGUACGCAGGAGGGGGGGGGUACCUGUACUCCGGGGACAUCGCUGCUCGCUUACACAACGCCUCGCAGCACGUGGCGCUGUACCCGAUAGACGACGUCUACACGGGGAUGUGUCUGAGGAAACUAGGGCUGGCCCCCGAGAAGCACAAAGGCUUCAGGACCUUUAACAUAGAGGAGAAGUACCGCUCGAACCCUUGCGCCUACAAGAGCUUAAUGCUGGUUCACCCCCGGACCCCGCAGGAGAUGAUCCAGAUCUGGGCCUGGCUCAGCAGCCCCGACCUCAACUGCCAGUGAUGAUAUUAAAAAGACAUUUUGAGGAUGGUUCAAAGACAAUUAUUUAAUUUUGAACAGGGUCACGACUUAAGAGUUGGCAGCUUUAAGUUCAGAUGUUAUUAAAAUGGUCACAUGGUUAAAAGUCGAUGCCUCUAGUGAAGAGGAAGGAUGUGAUGCCACCAAAGUAUUUUGACUCGAUGUCAGGCUUACGUAGACCCUAACCCUGCUUCACUGUCGAAACGAGCUUCACCAAAAGUGACCGCGUCUUUCUCUGCGUGCACAUAUUUAUAUCGCAACUAUUUAUAUGGCCUUUGUAAAGCUUUAACACUGUGCGUCUGCUCCGUGACGGGCCGUCUCGAUGCUGUAUUAUAUGAAUAAGGAGACGAAGAGCUAGGAUGUGUCCACCCGAGUGGAAAACACACUGGCCUGUUUUCAGCACUCUCGACUGUAUAAACAUUUCAAAAGGUAAAUAAGACUGAAGCUUAAGUUACUUUUGUCAUGUUUAUUGCUGGAGAAGAGUGUGAGGUGAACACGUCCUAGUAACUGUUGCUGGAGGAUUAGUUUGUGCUGCUAUUCCCAUCCACACUCCCUAAAGUAUUUACAUGUGGAUCGCUUCAACUCAAACUAAACUGUUCAUUUACAUAAACUAGUUUGAUUUACCUUAACUCCACUCUCCGUUUCGGUAAACUCCAAACGAUUCAGUCUGUAUUUGAUAUACCUGUAACCAUUAUGUUGAGCCGUGUCUCAUUUCUGUUGCAACAAUGAGUCCAUAGAGCUUAAAAAACGGUGUGUUUUGAGGAGUGGAUACACGCUUUGCUUUCAGGAAACAGGAAUGUGAGUCCGGCUCUGUGCAGCUCAGCAGGUCUGGGCUUGGUUUUGAAAUCCAAAUGCUGAUUAAUUCUGCUUCAGGUUCUCAUUUUACACAAAAGGACAAAGCGCUCAUAUGCACCCCUAAGUGCUUUUUUCUUCACACGGCUGAGCGUCUGUCUGAAAUACUCGCUUUAACUCCUGAGUGUCUGCGAGGGAAGUGUUGAGUGCUGGUAAAUGUUGCUUUAAUGUCAGAGAAUCAGAGGCUUAACAUCAUGUCCAAGUCUCUGCAAUGUUCACUGAUCAUUUAAAGGCUUCAUUUUAAAAUGUUACAUAUCUGUCAUGUCAUCUGUCAUGAUGUCUUGUUGUCUUCGUGUUGUUGGUGAAUGUUCAAAAUGGUGGAUAUUAUAUUAAGGCUCACUACUGUACAGUCUUUAAUAAGAGAAGUGCUGCACAUAUUUAGCGGCAUCUGUUACGUAUUUUCAGCUGUAUGUGAAACAGAGUCAGUGAGAGGUUUCAGAUGCACAUUUUUAGAUAUCUCAGUGAAGGAGAUGCUUCUUUCCGUUCUCAAACACGUCAGAGAGAUCUGUCACAUGAAUGUAUGUCUGUACACAUAUUUAAAGCCAAUCCUCUGAUUUAUUUCAGUUAAAAAAAGUGGAUUUUCUUCAGUAUUUCUUCUCCAAACGUCCCUAGACCUGACCUAUGACCUUCAGUGUGAAUCUGGUGGAAACACUUUAGAUCCUCGGCCUCUGUUAGAGCGCCCCCUGCUGGUCAGGAGGGUGAACAUGUAAGACUAUUAGCUUUACACACACUGAUCAACUCCAUGACCCAAAACUGGAGUGCUAGACCUAUUUCAUGCAUAUCAUGUUCAAGAAACACAUUCAUUAUGUCUAUUUUCGACUCUUCUGUAUCUCCAAAUGAUCAUUUAGAGCAACGUAUGUCUCCAUUUCUGUGUUAUUUUUUUCCUAUGUCGUUGUCAGACAUUUGGGUUUGGCUUUACAAGAAGUUAAGACAAUCACAGGUGAGGUUAUUAAAGGUUAUUUUUGUAAUUUGGGUUGUGUUUCAUAACUGGUACUCCAGUCCUUACACAAUGUAGGAUUAAAGAAACACAAAAAGGUAACGAGUGCAAACGGGGGCUAAGAACAGACUGAAGGCUUAAAUGACUCUUCACACACACACACAGUAAUAGAUGACAUUCUGCUGCACACAGUUUGUGGCUACUUGAAAUGUUUACAUGCUUUUAAAAGUCAUCAUCACUUCAUAAAUGUUGCUUCUGUCUGAUGAUUGGCUGUAGAGGUCAUUCCUAGAAACGUGUUGUGUAUGUUUCACAGUCUGACACUUUUUUUUUUUUUUUGAAUGUUGAUAUUCAACAUUUAUCAGUCACUGCGCUUUUCGUUUGGAAUUUAGCUUCCCACAGUUUCAUUUGAAGGACCUUCUUCCUGUUUAUACACACUCAGUGUUUCUCUGGGCUCAGCAACCAGGAUGUCAUUUUGUUGAGCUUCUGUAGCUGUUGUUUCAGUAAGCGAAGUGUAUAAUAAAACGACAUAUUACCAUCUAUGUGCAUACAAAUGUAACUGAAGCUCCAGGAUUGUGGAGGGUGAUGUGUUACUCGACACGACAGGGAAUUGUAAAUCGACAAAAUUGCAAAUUAGGGGAAAUAUCCAUCAAAAGAAGAAGUUAUUAUCAUGCUAUAAAGUGUUUUUAAUUAGUCAGGAUUUAUCUCAAGUCCAUCCUUUUGAAGAACUUUGGCUAAAUCCUUUCUUUAAAAACCAUUAACGCAUAUUUACAAGUGUUCAGAGGACUUGUAAUUGAAUAAAGCGUUUCCGUGUUACACCUGCACUAGUCCGAGGUGAAUACCAAAUCUGUGCCUGAUGUUUGUUUGUACUGUAAGUGUAAGAUUCAUCCACGUUCAGUGUGAUCGCUUUUUUUUUUUUUAUACCUAGAAUGACUUGAUUAUUUCAAUAAAGUUAUAUUUGCUGUUUCUGUAUAUACUGUUCUAUGCAUUUUUAUUGUGAACCAAAUAAAUUAUGUGAAGUAAGCGUUAA